AUGACUUUCGCUGAGAGAGGGAUCCUGGUGACAGUCUGCCUUGCAGUAAAUGCCAGCGGUUGUGCAACACCACCAAUGCUAGUGUUCCCUGGAGUCCACUUCUGUGAAUACUUCAUUGUUAAUGGGCGAAUAGGUUGUUGUGGAUCAGCAAAUUCAAGUGAAUGGAUGAAGGAGGCAGAUUUUCUUAAACUUCUAGAACACUUCGUGAAGCACACUCGUUGCAGCAAAGAGCAUCUUGUCCUGUUGCUACUUGACAACCACAACUCCCAUAUCUCAUUGGCUAUCAUUGAUUUCUGCAGAGACAAUGGUAUUGUUCUGCUAUCAUUUCCCCCACACUGCUCACAUAAGCUACAGCCACUCGAUCGGAAUGUCUAUGGUCCUCUUAAGAAGUACGUGAAUAGGGCGUGUGAUGGAUGGAUGAAAUCGCACCCAGGUAAAACGAUGACCCUUUUCGACAUCCCGGCGAUCUUGACGGAAGCCCUACCACAUGCGUGCACACCAUUCAACAUCCAGAAAAGAUUUCAAAUCAGUAGCAUCUGGCCCUUUAACAGGGAUGUCUUUGGUAAUGACGAAUUCCUUCCAAGUUACAUCACUGACCAUCCUGCUCCAAAACAAGCUGAAGACUAG